UAAGGAGUUGCUCUUCCUCUUCUUUACGAUUACACGCGUUCACAGAUCUCUGCUGCUGACUGGAGAAACAGAAAGAUUAAGUGAAGCAGACGCGUCUGGACAUCGCCGCGCACUGCGCACUGGAUCGCAUAACGUCACUUAACGCGGAUAAAUUCGAGCUUUGAGGAUGGAGGAGGACACUCCAGUAAAAGCAUCAGUGGCUCAGUUGGCUGGAAGACUUGGAGGUCUAGUGCCAGGAAACACAGAGAAACCUUCCAUCUGCCCUCAUCCUGCCAAGAUGAAGUUUAAAAGUUCUCCUCUCAUUGGAAAACUACAGGCCAACCUUGCUCUCUCUCCGACUAUACUGCUGUCUCCACCCAAAAGUCCAGAGGCCAAACAGUCUCCCACCAAUUCCAAUCCCAGCAGUCCCUCCAGCUCAUUGAAAUCCACACCGCAGCCCGCUCAGCUGUCCUGUGAAGAUGAAAUGCCGGUUAGCUUUGAGCAACCGGCCGAAGGCAAUCUACUGCUUAGCAUCAACAAGAGUCGAGCUCAGCUAUUCAAGAGACGGCUGCCCACGCGACAUCACAGGAAAUCAGCAUGUGAGGAUACGAAGUCUUACGAGAAAGAUGAGUCAUUAUGUCAACCAGACAGCCUGCGACAGAACGGAGGGGAAGAAGUGACGCUGAGUGGUCCUUUACCGGAGGAUGAUAAAGAUAAGAUGGCUUCCUCUCAUAUCACCAAUGACCCAGAGCCAGAAGAGCAGGACAGAAGCAGGAAGGAGAACAAAGACGCUCUUCAAGAAAAUGAGAGGACUGAAAUAACCCAAACUGGAAAUCAGCAGGAGGUCACUGAGAAAGUGACUUUAGAUGAACACCAACCUUCUGAAGAACAGCAUGAAAAUACAGAGGACGAUCAGACAGAAAUGAAGGAGAACAAGGAACUGAUAGACACUGAGAAGAACCCAGAAGAGAAGUGAAAGUGUUAUAGUCACCAAAAGCGAAGUAGUGGGAAGGUUAAGGUUGAGUGUCCAGUUUUAACAAAGCCACAGAAGUUCAGGUGGAACUUGUUUGUCCAACCUGACAAUAAUGAUGCUUUUUUCUUUUACUUUCUCAAAAUGAGGCAAUUUGAUAUAAAAAGAUGGAUAGAUACACAGGAUAAAUAUAGGCAGACAAUGCUUUUGUAAAAUAAUGGAUUUGUGGACUUUGCCACGUUACACAGAGUAUAGAUCUAGGCUGGCCAAAAUACCAAAAAGCCAUUAUGUCAAUAGUUUUUUACACAAACCCUUUUAUCUGUUUUUCUCUAACAUGAUUUGUUAUUGGCUGGUCAGCUUUAUUAAAUUGCUAUCAGCUGUGGAGAAUUAAAGGUCCAGUGUGUAGAUGAUUUUUAGUGCCAUCUAGCUGUGAGACUGUGAAUUGCAACUAACGGCUCAGUCCACAGCCCUCCCCCUCGCAUAUUGAAGCUACGAUAGCCACCACAGGACAAACACGUCAUCGUCUGAGACCAUAGACAUGUACAAUAGGGCUACGUCCGAAACCGCAUACUGUACAGUAGGUACUGAAUAAGAUGAAGUACCUACUUACUUGCCUUUAAAACAGUAGGUACUGUAUAGUAUGAAUCGUACUACAUCCGCCAUGUUGCUACAUCACGUGACAUACGUCGUUAUCACGUCAUUUCAGUGCGAAAACAGCCCAUGCCUCUUCUUCUUCGUUGGAUAACUCCUCUGCCAGGGCAUCAUGGGAUAGUGAAGUGUCCAUCGUAUGCACACUGCAGAAUCUAACCGGAAGUAGUAGGUCAUCUGGGUACUUUUCGCAUACUGUUUUUCGAAUACUAUGUAUUCGGACGUACUACUUGCCUCGCCUACUGCUUUUCGCAUAAUAUAUAGUAUGAAGUAGCCGGUUUCGGACGCUGCACUUAUGUCGCUUUGGCUACGGCAGUUCAUUGGAACGAAUGCGUCAAAUGGAGCCGCCAUCUUGAAAUAGGGGAGCCCUGCAUCAGCAUCAUUGUAGGCAAAGGUGUAACGGAAAUUAAAUCACCUUAAGUCAGCACAUUUUCUAGGGUUUUUUUUUGUUCGUUCCAACGAUAAGACAAUGUAUUAAGCAUCCAGAGAGUCCAGAGAACAUGUACUUUUUUGAUAUUAAGAAAAUCGACCUUUUCUAAAUAUAAUGCAUAAUGCUAGUAGGCCUAACUUCCAUACGCAGCACACAACUCAGGCAUCGUCUAUGAAUUCGAAGUACUGGCGGAGAUAGUAGCAUUACCUGGCUUCUUCCUAUGACAAGACCCCUGUUCCAAGAUGGCGGCGGUUUUGAUGCAUGCUUAGAACCCUAAUGUCUCGUUCAGACAGCCAGCGACGUUAUAGCUGUGUGUCGCUCGUCUCUUUCAAUGAGGCGUUUCUAAAUCUGCUUGUCAUAAACAAAUGAGUACCAUCCACGCUAGUAACUGACAAGAGAAGGAUGACGUGAACUCCACCGCUUUGUUCUCAUUGGUAGUCGCUCCCGAAAUUCGCUCGACAUUUGCAUAAAGUUAAACUUUUCUUAACUUUCUCGCAUCGCUGGACACGCCCAUACAGUCGCCAACGGUCACUUUCGCUCAUGUCGCCGGAAGUCGCCAGGUUUCCAUUGAAAUGAAUGAGAUCGCGUCGCUCUGCUACUGCUGGUCGUUGGCUGUCUGAAUGUGGCGUAAGGCAACAUGUAGUGUAUAUAUCUACUGUAUGGUCUGAGACAACGUAGUGACUAUCGACUACGCAAGACCGGGAAAACAGCCUCAAUGGACGACAUAGCAUCACAGAGAUUGCGACCAUUGUUUCACAAUGGCAGUCUUUUGCCUGGGACUGUCAAAAAUCAUGCAGUGUAUCCCAGGCUUAAGGUGACCUUUGGUGUAUGUAGAUAAAACAGCUCAUUCUCAGGUAAAAAAACACAACAGUUCAUUUUGUAAUGUCUUUAUACACCCAUGAUAAUAUAGUUAUGCAGAUACUAUUGCAUUACUGCCAAUAGAUCCUUCUAAAAGUUACACAAUGCACCUUUAAAGGGAUAGUUCAGCUGAAAAGACAAUUUUGUCAUCAUUUAACACUUUCUUUUUUGAAACACAAAGAGAGAAGUUAAGCUAAAUGUCACCAUACACUUUUACUGUAUGAAAAAGAGCAGUAUUGACAUUUAAAAAUCAUAUCCUCUUGUGUUUCACUGAAGUAUACAAGUCAUGUGUUUUGAAUGAAAUAAUGGUGAGGUAAUGAUGAUAGAAAACAUUUUUGGUUUCAGCCGUCAUCUUGAAUGAACACUGUGAUUUCAUUCCUUACAAAAUCCUGUUAAAAUCUUUAAAGGAUAAAAAAUGCACAACCUGAACAUCAACAACCCUGCAUAUUUCUGCACAAUCCCAUUUUUGUGAUCAUUAUUGAAUGCAAUUCUGCAUUCUGGUUAAGCUGUGCCACGUUUCUUAACAGCACCUUGUGAUAAAAUGUAUAGCUUGAUGUAGUCUACAGUAGGUCUGAUAAAAAUCAUGAAUCAUUUUAAGAAAAGGUAGAAAAGUUGUCGCUGGGACACUACCUUUUAAUUACCAGUAUGUACUGUACCUCUAAGCCACCAUUGUAUACCUUUUGAGGUACGAUUAUGCACCUUUUAGGUACAAACGUCUACUGUUUGAAAAGGUGCGGCUCCAGUGACAACUUUUGUACCUUAUUGUAACUUUUUUGAGUCGAAAAAUAUUAUUUAUAACAUAAAAGUCCUUAUAAAUUAUGUGCAUUUCUAAUCUUGGACAGCUGUAAGAUGGACACUUUCAAAAUUAAUUCAAUUCAAAUGUAUCUCUUUUGGGCUUUUCACACAUUUUUAUUAGAAUUAUACAAUGAACUGUGUUUUAUCCCACUCUGCACUACUCUUACAUGUACAUCCUGAAUGAAACUUAAAGUCCCAUCACUGUUCCUCUUCGAUCAAUGGCCCUAAGCCAGUGUGCCACUUUUAACUUGUUAUUAAAAUCCAUCAUGUAUUUUCUCAUUUUUAAAGCUUGCACAGAUUCUAAUUGUUGUAACAGAAUUGAUGAGAAAGCGCAAAAGCCAAAUUUACCAGCAGCCUCAAUUGCUAUAGUACUGUGAUGCUAAUAUUAAAUGGGAAUGCUUGGAAUUAUUACUGUGACUUUAAUGCUACUACAGACAUUUUACUUUUCAUACAAGACUCAAUGAAAGCUUGAUUUUAACAUAUAUUUUAUCAUAUUACUUAUAGCAUUAAGAGAGCAAAAUAUAGUAGUCAACAUUUGAAGUGGAUCAAAAACAUUCAUCAAAGUUGUCCUAAGACAAGAACGGGUACUGGGUAUUGGUUUUAAGACAACUUUUAGGAAAGGUUUUGAUCCACUUCAAAUGUUGACUAGUGUAGUUUGCUAUGUGGUUGAUUUACACAGAAGUAUUUUGUUUUUGUUUCUUACUUAAAAAAAUAAAAAAGUCUACAAUUGUUAGAAAUUAAAUCAGCAUUUAUUCUGUAUUUACCCAUCUACAAAAAUUACAUAAUGUAAUUAGAGUUUCUGUCAAAAUACCAGAGAAAAUUUUUCUAUCGAGUAAUAAUUAAAUAUAAUGAGAGACAAAUAAUACACAAUGCUGAGUAUUUUCAGGAGAUUUGGUUGUAUUUAUGAUAAAUACAGUAAAAUGUAUUUUGGUGGACACAUAAGAGUGUGCAGUUCCUUGAGUGCCCGCGAGAGGACAAUUGAAGCAGGUGUUUUAGCAGACACAUUCUGUUUAAUUAUAAAACUGUAAAAUAUAAUGUAAGUUAACUGUAAAUAUGUUAGAAAUAUGUGACAAAUCUACCAGAAAGCUUUUAACGCUUAAUCCUACAACUAGAGUAAAAUAUAAAGGCAUGGGAAUAUUGUCCUAAUUUAGGAA